GUAGGAGCAUCCCGGGGCCGGCGGGGACGCGGCGGGGCCAUGGAGCCGGCGGCGCGGGCCAGCGGCGAUAUCCUGAGGCGGAACCCGCAGCAGGACUACGAGCUGAUCCAGCGGGUGGGGAGCGGCACCUACGGCGACGUGUACAAGGCUAGAAAUCUUCACACAGGAGAACUGGCUGCUGUAAAAAUAAUCAAGUUAGAGCCUGGAGAUGACUUCUCCCUGAUCCAGCAGGAGAUAUAUAUGGUUAAGGAAUGCAAACAUUGCAACAUAGUCGCCUAUUUUGGGAGUUAUCUCAGCCGUGAGAAGCUGUGGAUAUGCAUGGAAUACUGUGGUGGGGGAUCCCUCCAGGACAUCUACCACGUAACGGGACCUCUGUCAGAGCUGCAAAUUGCUUAUGUGUGCAGAGAAACUCUACAGGGUCUUGCUUAUUUACACAUGAAGGGCAAAAUGCACAGAGAUAUAAAGGGUGCAAACAUUCUCCUAACAGACCAUGGAGAUGUAAAAUUGGCUGACUUUGGGGUAGCAGCAAAAAUAACAGCCACUAUUGCAAAGAGGAAAUCCUUUAUUGGCACCCCUUACUGGAUGGCCCCCGAGGUGGCGGCGGUGGAGAAGAACGGGGGGUACAACCAGCUGUGCGACAUCUGGGCCGUGGGCAUCACUGCCAUCGAGCUGGCCGAGCUGCAGCCGCCCAUGUUCGACCUGCACCCCAUGAGGGCUCUGUUUUUAAUGUCAAAAAGUAAUUUUCAACCACCAAAGCUAAAGGAAAAAGCAAAAUGGUCAGCAACAUUCCAUAAUUUUGUCAAAAUAGCACUUACAAAAAAUCCAAAGAAGAGACCAACAGCAGACAGACUUCUCUCUCACAGCUUUGUGGGGCAGCCUGGUCUCUCCAGGUCCUUGGCCGUUGAGCUGUUGGACAAAGUGAACAACCCCGAGAACCACGCGCACUACGGCGAAGUGGACGAUGACGAUUUUGAGCCCCACUCCGUCAUCCGCCACACCAUCCGCUCCACCAACAGGAACGUCCGAGCAGAGAGGACAGCAUCAGAGAUCAACUUUGAUAAGCUGCAGUUUGAGCCCCCUCUACGGAAAGAAACAGAAGCUCGGGAUGAAAUGGUUGUGGCAGCUGGCAGUGACUUUGCUUCACAUUGGAAUCCUUUUGUUGAUGGAGGCAACAAAUCAACACUAAAGCGAGCUGGGCCACCCCCACUGCCCCCCAAGCCAAGGAUGAACAAUUACCCCGAGGAGAACCUCCCUGAUGACAACAGAUGCCAGACAAUAAAACACUUCCCAGAGUGCCAGAGCAGAGCCCCAGCAGCCCACAGGAGACAGAGCAUCCCAGCCUGUGGGCCCCAGGCAGACUCCUGCCCCGUGGGGAUGACCAGCAGCAUCAGCAGCCGACUGCUCACAGCCAGAUACAGCGACCUGGGCAAUGGCAAUGGGAUGCUGAAACACAUCGAGGAGAACGCAGAAGGACCUGGACAAAUCCCUCAGCUGCCGCGGAAAAAGGAGAAGAGAGAUUUCCCUAAACCAGCAAUCAAUGGUUUGCCUCCGACUCCGAAGGUGCUGAUGGGAGCCUGUUUUUCCAAAGUCUUUGAUGGUUGUCCUUUGAAGAUUAAUUGUGCGACUUCAUGGAUACAUCCAGAUACUAAAGAUCAGUACAUCAUCUUUGGCACAGAAGAAGGGAUCUACACUCUGAAUUUGAAUGAACUUCAUGAAGCAACCAUGGAACAGUUAUUCCCUCGGAAGUGCACCUGGCUGUACGUUAUCAACAACACCCUGAUGUCCCUGUCAGAAGGGAAAACAUUCCAGCUCUACUCCCAUAAUUUGAUAGCAUUGUUUGAGCAAGCCAAAAAAACAGGAUUAGCUGCUCAUAUUCAAACCCACAGAUUUCCUGACAAAAUAUUGCCAAGGAAAUUUGCCUUAACAACCAAGAUCCCUGACACAAAAGGAUGCCACAAAUGCUGUAUAGUACGAAAUCCCUACACAGGCCACAAGUACCUGUGUGGUGCAUUGCAGUCUGGAAUUGUCCUGCUCCAGUGGUAUGAGCCAAUGCAGAAAUUCAUGUUAAUAAAGCACUUUGACUUCCCGCUGCCCAGCCCCUUGCACGUGUUUGAGAUGCUGGUGAUCCCGGAGCAGGAGUACCCCAUGGUGUGCGUGGCCAUCUCCCGCGGCGCCGAGCCCGGCCAGGUGGUGCACUUCGAGACAAUCAACCUCAACUCCGCCUCCUCCUGGUUCACCGAGAUCGGGGCAGGCAAUCAGCAGCUGGAUGCCAUUCACGUGACACAGCUGGAGAGAGACACUGUCCUGGUCUGCCUGGACAAAUUUGUUAAAAUAGUGAAUUUACAAGGGAAAUUGAAGUCAAGCAAGAAGUUGGCUUCUGAGCUGAGCUUUGAUUUCUGCAUCGAGUCAGUGGUGUGCCUUCAGGACAGCGUGCUGGCCUUCUGGAAGCACGGCAUGCAGGGCAAGAGCUUCAAGUCAGAUGAGGUGACCCAGGAGAUAUCUGAUGAAACCAGGGUUUUCCGCCUGCUGGGCUCAGACAGAGUGGUUGUGCUGGAGAGCAGACCCACAGAGAACCCCACAGCUCACAGCAACCUCUACAUCCUGGCUGGACAUGAGAACAGCUACUGAGCAGCCCCAGCCCAGCCCCAGAGGGAGCUGGGACCCAGGAGCAGCAGCAAACCAGGACUUGGCUGCUCCUUGUCUGGCGCCCGAGCUGUGCUGGGCCUGGGGUGGGAAUCAAUCCAUUUUUGCAGCUGGGAACAGCUGGUUCUGUCUCUUGCCACUGUGUGGUUGGUUAUGUCGAGUUUGCUUAAUAAAAGCUGAGAUAAAGAGCCCUUUACUCGUUAGUUCUAGGGAAACAGAGCCUUGAAACGUCUUCUGCAGUAAAGGUGCCAUAAACUGUUAAAUAUUCCCCUUCCCUUGGGUUUUCCUUUUAUUCUGUAGAUACAGAUCUAGUGCUGGUUGUUGCCCUCUUUUAUACUGAGUCUUAUUCUUAAUAAAACAAAGAUUUGUGUAGGAAGUGAAAGUAUCUGCAAAGCUUUUUGGUUUUAAAUCUGCCAUUGGGUAUGGCUUUGUAUAAUAGACUAUUUAAUCCUUAUUUAUUAAUCUGCUGCUAGGAUGGGGUAAUGUCUAACUUUUAGCAAAGGAAGGUUGCAGAGCAGCUUACUUUUUUUUUUUGUUUUUUUUUAUAAUUGUAUAAAGAUUUGAUUAUUCUUUUUCCUUGUAGGGAUGUAGUGCAUUACUGAGGGGUGUGUUACCAUGUUGGGUGAUCAUGUAAAAAAAUGCAGUUUUGUACAACAAAGUAUUUUGUACUGAUUUUUCUGCCUGCAGAAUUGCCAUAAAAGGGAUUUUCUUACUUCCUAGACAUAGGGUGUGUGUACACAAAGUAGAAUAUUGGUAUCAGACCUGUUGCUCCUGGGGGCCUGUGAACAAUAUCCAUGUGUGUGUGCGUGUGCAUGUGUGUGAAGUUGCCUGGCAGUGUGUAUUUUUUAUAUAUAUAUUUAUACAUAUAUAUAUAAAAAUGUACAAAACAUAUAUGCUUUAUUUUCAUAAAUUAGGGAUAAGCCUUGUGACAUGAAGUGGAAAUUGUAGCAGGUCAUCAUCCUUAAUGAAUGAAAGUAUCAUGUAUCCAAGUGGCCACGACGUGUGGU